CACAGCCAUUUUGUGCCGAAUAUCACGAUGGGCGCGCCAAUCCUCUCAUGUGUGUCCAAGGGGGUCCCAGGAAUUUUCAUGGACUGCCAUAUGAUGGUUGCAGAACCAGAGAAGUGGGUUGACGACAUUGCGGACGCUGGUGGUGCGCUAUACUGUUUCCAUCUCGAGGCAACGACGGACCCUCUUUCGCUCAUCACAUCCAUUCGCAAACGCAGUAUGAAAGCGGGCGUUGCGAUCUCCCCGGAUACGCCAUCGACCGCUAUCACAGACGAGAUUGCAAAUGCGGCCGACAUGCUGCUCGUAAUGACUGUCUACCCAGGCCGCGGUGGGCAAAAAUUCCUCGAACGCUGCGUCCCCAAGGUUGCUGACCUUCGUGCUCGGUUCCCUGAGAAAGAUAUCGAGGUCGACGGCGGUGUCGGGCCAUCGACCGUCGAUGUUUGUGCCCAUGCAGAUAUAUAGGCAGCAACGUUAUCGUCGCCGGAACUGCCAUUUUCGGUGCCUCCGAUCCCGAGGGCGUCAUUGCACAGCUCAAAGCUGCGGUCAACACUGCACAGGCAGCAGCAGCAGCCAAGUCAUAGAAAGUUCAUUACAUCCGAGUACAUGAUCGUGAAGAAUAAAUUAUACAAAUAUAUACGUAUACGUGAGAUAAGGGUAUGGUCGUAGAACGCAC